UAUUUGUAUACUUUGUACAAUAUUAUUAAAUUUAUUUAACAGCGAGUGUUACAAUUGUGAGAUACUUGGAGUAAUCAAAAGCGCAAUGAGUGAAUUUAAAUUACAUCAUUUAAUAGUGCAGUUGAUUGAAUUAUUGGGUUCGGAAUCUGCUCCGGAGAGACACUUGGAAAAGCUACAAAAAGAAAGCUUAACAACAAAUACAUUAAAUGUGGUUGCUCCUCACAGCUGUAUUCAGCACCUUGCCAAGAUUUCGUCCGUACCAGAAUUAUUUAUACAAAAAUAUGAAGAACUAAAAUCAAAAAAAGUAGAUUUACUUGGUCCAUUUGUACAGACUCUAGAAUUGAUAUCUCAAGAUGAAGAACUGAAGAAAUACUUGUCAAGAUCCCUACCGAGAGCCACGACUAGUUCUCUGAAGGAUCCGACUAUUACACAAGAAGACUUGCCAAAGAUUUGCAAAACUGUUAUUAAAGCUGCUGUAGAAGGAGGAAAGAAAUUAAAUCAGCAAGUUUGUUCGAUCAGUAAGAAAAGUGAUGGUACUUCAGUGAAGCAUAAUUGGGUAAUAGAACGUCCACGCAUAACUUGGGAUUUUCACAGUGACACCACUGUAGCACUUUAUCAAAAAGUUGUACCAAUUGUAUCUCAGGAGUCUAUCCUUCUUUGGGAUAUUUUAUAUUGUUUGAAAGGAAUAGAUGGAUCGUAUAUUGUUUCGGAACCGUUAACGAGUCCUUAUGGCGUUAAGACUUUCAAUAUAUCACCGGAUGUUGGUAUAUCAUUUAAGCAAUUAGCGCAACAGAUAUUACCUUUAGCUUCCUAUUAUUCCAUGACAGUGAGAUUUGUUGAAGAAAAGGUCUCACCGGAUGAUGGACAAGUCAAUCAUGCUCUAAGAGGAGCUAUACGAUCUCUACUGAAGGAUUACUUGCUUUUUGUCGUGCAACUUGAAACAGAACACAUUCAUGGUAAAUUAAGUUUGCAGAAACUAUGGUUUUAUAUUCAGCCUACUAUGCUUACAAUGUCCAUACUUUCUCAAAUUACAUCCACAAUAUGUAAGGCAAAUGCCAGAGGGGGCAAAGUAUUGAGCCUUUUGCAUGAGCAAACAUUAAAUAAUGUCAGUGGCGAAGCAAAGUCUAAAGAAUUAUGUUUAUAUCUGAUGCAAGCGGCGAGCAUGCCAUAUAUGCAAAUUUUAGAAAAAUGGGUUUACAAAGGAGUGAUAUGCGAUCCAUAUCAGGAAUUCUUUGUAGAAGAUAACGAGUUAAUUCAAAGGGAAGAACUUCCCGUGGAUUAUUCUGCAGAUUAUUGGGAAAAGAGGUACACUAUGCGAUUAGAAAGAAUACCUGUAUUCUUGAAUGAACAUGCACAAACCAUACUUAGAACAGGAAAAUAUUUUAAUGUGAUUAGACAAUGUGGUAAAACAGUGCAGUGGGGAAAACAAGAACCAUUAAGCUAUCAGUAUCAAGGGCAGAAAUACAUAGCUGCAAUCGAUAGGGCAUAUUCAGAAGCUGCCAGAAAAUUAUUAGAGGUACUUAUGAAGGAAAAUGAUCUGAUGGGUAGACUACGUAGUGUAAAGAGUUACUUUCUUCUUGCCCAAGGAGAUUUUGUGGUCCAAUUUAUGAAUCUUUGUGAGGCCGAAUUGAACAAGAGUAUGUAUGAUAUUGUUCUACAUCGUUUAGCAUCUCUUCUCGAAGUUGCUUUGCGAAUGUCUACUGCAGAUUCAGAUCCCUACAAAGAUGAUCUGAAGCCGGAAUUACUUCCAUACGAUUUACAAUAUCAAAUGUUCAGAAUACUCUCCAUUCAAACUAGAGAUGAGAAAGAGUAUUGCUUUCAAGCAGGUAAAGUUUUGACCGGAUUAGAAGCUUUCGUCUUUAAUUACGAUGUUAAAUGGCCAGUUUCUCUAAUUAUUAAUAGAAAGGCCAUAGCUUGUUAUCAAAUGUUAUUUAGGCAUCUAUUUUAUUGCAAAUAUGUUGAGAGACUCUUAUGCAGAGUAUGGAUCAGCAAUAAAAUAGCGAAGACUUUUACGCACGAAGUGGCUAUGGCUUACAGACAGGCGUUUUCAUUACGACAGAGAAUGCUUGAUUGUAUACAGCAUUUGGAAUAUUAUAUGAUGGUAGAAGUCGUGGAACCAAAUUGGUUAAAAUUUAUAAAUAAGAUGAGCAAGGUUAGUAAUGUUGAUGAUGUACUGAGCGUGCAUCAAGAUUUGCAAGACAGUUAUUUGAAGGAAUGUAUGUUAACGGACCCUGAUCUUCUUAGCUGUAUCACCGGUAUAUGCGCCAUAUGCGUAGAAUUCUGCAAUUUUAUGCAGCGUAUGAGCCGCUACUACAUUGAUGCUGAAUUGACAUCCAUGAUCGGUACCUGUCAGGAAGAUGUCUAUGAAUAUGAGAUUGAGAACAGCUCUACAGCAAAAGAUGGAACAGGAAGUUUCGAAGAAACAAUCGUAUCGUUAGAUGAGAAAUUUACCAAAGUAUUGACACGACUCCUAGACCGAAUUUGUGACUUGGGUUGUGAUAAUAACAAUGAGAAAUUACUUAAUGUGUUAUGUCGGCUUGACUUCAAUAUGUUUUAUACCGAUAUAUUGAUACGUCGAGGAAGAGAGAAGACUGACGCACAGCAAGAUAUAUCUGGUUAACAAUACAUUAUUUUUUAUCUUUGCUUGCACGCACAUGCAGAGACAUAUACAUAUGUAUACAUGAA